GUGAGUACUCCACUCCAAAACUUCCCCUAAUUUUCAAUUCACUACAAGACAAAAGAGGAAACCACUUCCCCAUUCAGCGUCGUCACCAACCCCACUGACACUGCCACCGCCACCAACCGAGGUAACCUUCUCUCUUACGCCCCACGUACCACCAAUACCACCACCACUCCAGCUCUUCAACCAAGCUUCUAGCUAGACUACGAGAGAGAGGGGGAGAGAGAGAGAGAGAGAGGGAGAGAAUACAGAGCGGCAAUGGCGGCGAUUGCUCUUCGCAGGCUCUCCUCCACUCUCAAAUCUCCAAUUAAACCUUACUUCAAUGGCGGCUCCCUCUAUUCAAUGUCUUCCUUGCCUAAUCCUGCAGUUUCCGACAAAGACUCCGCUCGCGCCGCCUUGAGCAAGCAAUCGCGUUAUUGUUUCCUGAUCGUCUUUUCCUUCUUCUGGUUCGCUUCACCGUUGAUCUGCCGGUCUCAGUGGAUAAAGCAAUUGAAUGCACCGCUCGAGGAAAUCGAUCCCGAAGUAGCUGACAUUAUUGAGCUCGAGAAGGCUAGGCAAUGGAAGGGACUUGAACUUAUACCAUCAGAAAAUUUCACAUCAGUUUCUGUGAUGCAAGCUGUUGGUUCCGUUAUGACCAAUAAAUACAGUGAGGGUUACCCUGGAGCAAGAUACUAUGGUGGAAACGAGUACAUUGAUAUGGCCGAGAGCUUAUGUCAGAAGCGUGCUUUAGAAGCCUUUGACCUGAAUCCUGAAAAAUGGGGAGUAAAUGUGCAGUCUCUAUCUGGAUCCCCUGCUAACUUUCAAGUUUAUACUGCCUUGUUGAAGCCUCAUGAAAGAAUCAUGGCCCUUGAUCUGCCUCAUGGAGGUCAUCUUUCACAUGGCUAUCAGACUGAUACAAAGAAGAUAUCUGCUGUGUCCAUUUUUUUCGAGACCAUGCCCUACAGAUUAAAUGAGAGUACGGGUUAUAUUGACUAUGAUCAGCUAGAGAAAAGUGCUGCACUAUUUCGACCAAAACUCAUAGUUGCUGGUGCAAGUGCUUAUGCGCGCCUCUAUGAUUAUGCACGCAUUCGCAAAGUCUGCGACAAGCAAAAAGCUGUUUUGUUGGCUGACAUGGCACACAUCAGCGGGUUGGUGGCAGGUGGUGUCAUUCCAUCUCCAUUUGAAUAUGCUGAUGUUGUGACCACAACAACACAUAAAUCGCUUCGUGGUCCUCGUGGGGCUAUGAUAUUCUUCAGGAAAGGGGUGAAAGAAGUUAACAAACAAGGGCAAGAGGUGAUGUAUGACUAUGAAGAUAAGAUUAACGCAGCUGUCUUUCCUGGACUUCAAGGGGGCCCACACAAUCACACAAUAACUGGUUUAGCAGUUGCACUGAAGCAAGUUAAAACCCCUGAAUAUAGGGACUAUCAAGAACAAGUUCUCAGUAAUUGUUCAAGGUUCUCGCAGAGCUUACUACAUAAAGGCUAUGAAUUGGUUUCUGGUGGAACAGAGAACCAUUUAGUCUUGGUGAACUUGAAAAACAAGGGUAUUGACGGAUCAAGAGUUGAAAAAGUUUUGGAAUCGGUUCACAUUGCAGCAAAUAAGAACACAGUUCCUGGUGAUGUGUCAGCCAUGGUUCCUGGUGGUAUUCGCAUGGGGACGCCGGCUCUCACGUCCAGGGGGUUCAUUGAGGAAGACUUUGAGAAAGUGGCCGAGUUCUUUGAUGCAGCGGUGAAGUUAGCGUUGAAGAUCAAAGCUGAUUCCAAAGGACCUAAGUUAAAGGACUUCACCGCAGCUCUAAAGUCAGAUGCACAGCAAUCGGAGAUCGCAAAGCUUCGUCGCGACGUUGAGGAGUAUGCAAAGCAGUUUCCCACUGUAGGAUUCGAGAAGGAAACCAUGAAGUACAGAGAUUAAGGAAAGAAAGAGUGACCAUAGCAUCAACACAAGGCACACCCUCUCCUUCGCUUUGCUCAAGGGAUAGAUUGACACAAACAAGAUGGCACAGGAGGCUUGUUCAUAUGCUCCACACGAGAUCAGUAGUUGAUUCCACAUUCAACAAUAAAUCGAAUCGUAUGGGAUUGGGAGACGAGGAACAUGAUUGUGCUUGCUGACGUUCGCCAGCAAAUGUUCGCUAGAAUGAGUGCUUUCCCCCCCCCCCCCCCCCCCAUUCCCACGAGAAAAGCCGACUUGACUGCUAGGAUAAAUCAAUUGUAUUUUCGUUCGGUUGAAUGCACUUGUGGAUAUAGUAGCUUUUGAAAACAAUUAUGCUACAAACGACACUGUUAAAUUGAUUAACUUUCCAUCACUGAAGAAGCACCAGUAGGUUGUGGAAACGAGAUUUUACUAUUCUUGUGUGAUUUGCAACAACGAGGCCAGCGGAAUUUGGCCCUUUACCCAACUCCCAUCCUGUCUGCUCCAGAGAAUAGCUCUGGUAGCAAAAAUACCACAUUCAGCACUGCCCAUGAAUUAAAUUUAGUCAUGAGAAAUAUGAUCAAGCAGCCAGCUAUAUAACUAGGCACCAACCUUUCAUGCUGCAGAAAUUGCAAUCAUUUCAUGGGAUUUGAGUACGAAAUUAAGUGAUUCAUCAGUUAACGAAUGCUUGAAUAUGGGAAGGCAUCACCCAUUCAGAAUCCCUUCUCGAUUCAAUAGAAGCCCCUUAAUUGAUGUCUUCAGUCCUUCACCCCACCAAUGCUUCUCCGUCGAUCCCUGCUGCCACUUACAGCUACAGCUACAACCCAGCCACAGGCAGCGCUGCUCAUAGUUAUUGACUGCAUCGAGGCCUGGAGGAUUUGAGCUUAUACUGCUGCUGUUCUUCACCUUCUUCUUCAUCAUCAUCUGCUUUCCUACAUCGCUUCAUCACAAAGGAGUCGAGUGUUUCCUGCCUUUUUGUAGGUUUGGGGCUAUGCCUGCAACUGGCAUUGCCCAUCACCAGGUUUUCUGCUGCAACUUCCAUCAUAUCUUCAUGUCCAUCCAGCAUCUGUCCUAAGUUUUCCAACUUGCUUUGCACAACAUCCCAUAUAAUGUCAUCAACAGUAUCACUUGCAAGCAGGUAAUAUAUAUUCACAGAAGAAACCUGUCCAAUCCUAUGAGCACGAUCUUCAGCUUGAAUCAAGUCCCCUGGAGUCCAAGCCAAUUCAGCAAACACAACAGUGCUAGCAGCUGUUAGCGUUAAUCCGAAACCCCCUGCUUUGAUGGAUAGAAUUGCAGCCUUAAUAGCAUCAUUUUCCUGGAAAUCAGUUACCAGUCCUUGCCUAUCAGCGGCCGGGGUUCCACCAUCAACUCGGAUGCAACCUACUUUCUUCUUCAGCAAAAACUCGUGUAUUGAAUCAAUCAUUUGUCGAUGGUGAGCAAAUAUGAGAAACUUGCAGCCUGCCUCAACAAAAGUAGUCAAAUAAUCAAGGACUGCAGGGACCUUCACUUCAGCAGAAACUGUAUAUAUCUUACUGAUAAGAUUCUUCUGAGCAAAUUUCAAUGAUGCAACCUCAUCUUCUGAUGUGCAUGACUUAAUUUUGCUUUUGAUCACUUCCAACUCACGAAACAAUGCUUUGAUAGUUUUCAGGUCCUUUUCAGCUAACUCUAGGAAGACCUGCUGCCGACGCUUCUGAGGAAGCUCAGAAAGGACAUCCCUUUUAAGCCUACGAAUCAUCACUGUCGUCUUCAUCAAGUUGUGCAAUUCUUCAUGGUUGCUGGCACCUUGAUACGCUCCAAAACUCCCACCUUUACAGUAACGGUUACCAUAUUCAUGAACAUUCUUGUAUACAUCAGGAUACAAAGCUUCAAGCUGCUUGAACAGCUCUAUAGGCCUGGACAAUGCAGGAGUUCCACUAAGCAACAUUGCAUACUGGGCUUUCUUUAUAACGGGGAGCGAUGCAGUUGUCCUGUUUGCUUUAGCAUUUUUCAGGAAGUGUGAUUCAUCCGCAAUUACAACCUUAAAUUCAGAAGCCAUUAGAACGCUUUGCAACUUUGGCACAACAUCGUAAGACACAAUAUUGAAUAAGCCAUCAAGACUUGGGGUACCCUUGGCUGAGGAUACUAGAGAGAAGCCACCUCUGUUUGACCCACUCCACUGUGACAAAACAACAACUAUGUCUGAUGAAGGGAUAUUGAGCCAUUGUUGAAUCAUUGUAGCCCACUGCAAUCGCAAUGACGAAGGAGAAAGAACUAGAACAGGCCAAGAAUCACGAACGCAAGCAGCUGCAGCGAUCGCUUGUAAGGUCUUCCCAAGCCCCAUUUCAUCUGCUAAGAGAACACGCCCACCAUGCUGCAAUAUAAACCUGACACCAUCCCGCUGAAAAGGCAUAAGCUUUGAUUCUAUACAGUCAGGCAUCCUGUCAUACCAAUGAAGAAGAUCCGUAACCGUGGAAGCAGCAACAAUAGCACGCCGCACCAAGGGAUCUAAUUCUUCAACCUCAACAACAAUUAAACCAGACGGGAUUUCUCUCAUAGCUCUUUCAGCUAACAGCAAUGAAGCUGUUGGGAAGAUCCACAAUCUUUCUUUCGCAUUCCAACU